GAUUUCACAAAUGUUACAGCGAAAAAAUUUGGACUUAUCUGCGUCAAGCGUCUCAACAUCAUCAAUCUGACCAUCAUCACCAGCAUCAUCACCCCCAGAAGUCUCCUCAAUGAUGCAAAUUGUGCUUAAGAUUUCGCUAAGCAACUGCUAAUAAUGUCAAUCCCAAUGAAGAUGAAAGUUCUGGACGUCCGUAACAAGAUCACCAAUAAAUUACUCCCGUAGAUUGAGAUCGCUUACAUUUGAAUCAAGUGGUGCAAGAAUAGGAUCAAUCAGCCGUCGGAAGAGCGUUAAAUGAUGAUUACAAUGAACUUGAGACUCCGUGAGCCCCUCUAACCAGAUGCCCUGAUUGCCUAUGGAUAUAUUCGGCCGUUGUAAUGGGCCUGGUGGUAGUGCUGGAGCAAUAACAGGAAAUAGUGGUACUGCUCGAGCGGUUACGGCCGCCGAUUCAGCAACUGGAAGUGGAAGCGAAACGAUCGAGGGUAACGGAACAGGUGGCAGAAUGCAAUUGACUGGAGCAUCAGCUCCUGGGACAGCGGCCUCACCCGAGUCCGGGGUCUCACCGCUCGCUGAUGCUUACACCAAGAUGACAACCGACAUCUUGACGGAGAGAACACUCGGUGAUUUCGUCAGUGAGCAUCCUGGCGAGCUUGUUAAGACAGGAUCACCGCACUUAGUCUGCACUGUACUACCCGCUCAUUGGAGAUCCAACAAGACCCUUCCGGUGGCAUUCAAAGUGGUAGCUCUGGGGGAAGUUGGUGACGGCACAUUAGUGACUGUCAGAGCGGGUAAUGACGAGAAUUGCUGCGCUGAGCUCAGAAAUUCUACAGCGCUAAUGAAGAAUCAAGUGGCAAAGUUCAAUGAUCUGAGGUUCGUCGGAAGGAGCGGCAGAGGAAAGAGCUUCACACUGACGAUAACCGUUUCGACGUCUCCCCCUCAAGUGGCAACGUAUACUAAGGCCAUCAAAGUUACUGUGGAUGGGCCACGGGAGCCGAGAUCCAAGACCAGUGAGUAUCACUGGCAUCAGCAACAGUUCCACGCAUUCGCUUUUGCGUCACAGCGGGGUACACCGUUCUUUGCAUCACCUCUGGUCGAUUCACUUCAACCACUACCGAAUCCACUCCAACCACUGCCGAAUCCACUACAACCGAGGGAUCCACUGUCGUCAUUCAGACACGCGAUGCCAGGAAACUGUCAGAACAUGUCUCAGUUUGGAUUGACAGCUGGCAACUCCUGGGGUUACGGCAGUACAGCGGGCUACGCUGGCUACUUGCCCGGUCCAUUAUCAUCGUGCGCUGCUCAAGCGCCAUUUCCACCACCGCCACCGCCACCGCCUCCACCACCACCGCCAACGUCUACCUUGGCGUCUUUCGCCAGUUCGACGGGAAUGAAUACGCCGACAGCGCCAGAUUCCACGGCAGGAACUACUGUGGCGUCUGCCAACAGCAGUCGAGCACCGCAACAAGAUGCUUUUUCAGCAGUCUCAUCGUUGGUUCCAGACACUACAACUCCUGGCCAAACUGAUCCCCUUGAUCCACUGUCUUCACUAAUGUCCGGCACAGCGAGUCAAAGAUACCAAGAGUACGUAUCACCAAGAUCUCUGUCAACCGAUUCCAACACAACUGACAGUCCAGUUCAUGAGGAGGGUUUUGGUCAAAACUACAAUUACUUUCCAACACCGGGUGUUCUACCAAGUAUCCUCUACUCUCAGAUCUACGGUAAUCAGUUUCAGAAUUCUGAGAGUCCCGAGCAAACGGCCGUCGCUGAGAGUUGCAGUGUUAGACAAGAGGAAGUUAGACCGGAUAAUAAUGUAUGGAGACCGUACUGAAAAUUGGUAAAAUAGUGUGAACAUUGGUGCUUGUGAAAUUACGGUGUUAUUUAAUUUGGGAGCAUUCAUUGACUCUCAUCAAUGUAAAUUUCAUAAACUUUGAGGUAACAAAGUCGAUGAAAAACAACACUUGGGCAUUAAACCUUGUAAUACGUAGGGCGUGAGAUGAAUUUCAGCGCUUUAAAAGUUCAGAGGCGAUCUUAGUGGUACCAUUGAUUUAAUUGGUUGUGCCCCCCGGUCGUCAACGAAAUCACUAUUGAACAAUAAACUCUGAGUAUUUACUGAUGAGACGAAGGAAGGCAUGAACAGUGAGAUUUAAUCAUGAGAGUGAGACUGAAGUAUGUAAAUAAAAAAAAAAGAUUGUAAAUAUAGAAUAUCCGGGGAAGCAGAUACCAAAAAACAGACAAAAGCAGAAUGUUUCAUUUUACGUUUUCAUAGUAUAUUUGUGUUGUUGAAUAUUCGGGUCACGUGCAAUAUUUGAUCAUUGUCUUAUUGAUAGUUUUGUUCAUUAAUUUCAUAGCCAUAAUUACCAAUUUCGUGUAAAGCAUAUAAAAGCAUGACAACUAGCUUCUGAAUUCUACCGAAGUGGAUGUCUUGAAAAAAUUACCAAACAAUUACACUGACGAUUGAAUGAAUAAUUUCGCAUA